AUGCUCAGGAUCAAGACUACAUUGGGCUUCUGUUUGGACUUUUUAAAGAUAUGUUUUAUUUUAUACAAUCUUUUAAACUCCAAGGAUUUGAAUAGAGACUUUAUAUUAUGGAUUGUGGAAGAUAAUUAUACCUUAGAUCAAACAGAAAUUUCUCAUGAUAAUGACUUUUCACAUAACAAUAUUUGGCCACCAAAAGGAAAUGAGAUUGAAAACCCUCUCGACCCUAUUUCUCAGCCAGAAAAUUUACAUUCACCAAAUGUAAAUGAUUUUGUGCCGACCUUUAGUGAUCUGGAGAAUCAAAUUGAAAUAGUUGAAAAAGGAAGUGACGCGUGGCAAGAGGCUUCAGAAGUGGGUUGUGAGGAGUUGAUGGCGGAGGAAAAUGUUGUUGACCGGCCAUGUGAAGUGGUGUCUCCUAAUGUCCUUAGACCCGAACAAAAUAUUGAACACCCAGAACCAAGUCAUCAACAUGCCUGGAACCAUACAACCUCAGGCCUAGAAAUAAAAAUAUUAAUUAUAAGGUUUAGAAUAGUUAUAUAUAUAUGGUAG